AUGGACCCAAAAUUUUUGGAUAGUGAUCAAUACUUAUUUAUUUCACCUGAAGAUGUGAUUCACCUUGGCACCAUGACAAAGAUUGGAGCUCCUUGUAUAACAUUUUGGAUUAGGAUCUUACAUCGAAAGUUGGAAAAAGCAAAUCGAGCACAAUAUUUUCGUUUCUUUCAUCCAACUUUGGCUUUGGAUUCGUGUCAAACACAAAAUGCAAUAUCAAUGGCAAAUUGCUUGGAAGACACAGAAACAGGACAAUUUUGGUUGCUUCCUAUUCAUAUUAGAUAUCAUUGGAUGCUAGUAAUAAUUGAUCCAUUGGGUGAUACAUGUUAUUGGCUUGAUCCAAUUAGACUACCCCCACGAAACGAAAUUAAAAGUCUAAUGGAAAUGGCUUUUGAUUACUACAAUACCUCCAAAAAUAGGCAACCAAAAGAGAUUACAUGGAAAUCUAUAAAGUGUCCUCAACAACCAUCGAAUAUUAAGUGUGGAUAUUAUGUAAUGACAUAUAUGCAUGACUUUUGCAUGAAUCCUAGACCUAUCAAUUGGUUAACUACUCAUUGCAAAGAGAAGAUGAAAGAUUACACAAAACAAAAUAUUGAUCAAAUUCGAGUGGAGUGGGCUGACGAAUUCAUAGAAUUGGUUGACUAA